AUGGUUGAUGCUACGACUGGCACUAAUCCGACUUCAGACAAAGGCUCCGUGCCUGCUCAUAAUUUCGAAGAGCCAGUUGGUGAUCUCCAGCUUCCCCCAGGAUGGAUGUAUAAGUCGUGGGGGGUAGGGCGCUGGCGUACGCCCUGGUAUGCGUCUCCGAGGUUCCAGCUGGGUAUGGUCGCAUUUGUAUGUUUCAUGUGUCCUGGCAUGUUCAAUGCUCUCAGUGGCCUGGGUGGUGGUGGGAAAGCCGAUCCGCAUUUAGCAGAUCAAAUGAACCUCACCCUGUACAGUGUCUUCGCUGUUGUCGGUUUCUUCGCUGGCUCGAUCGUCAAUUGGAUCGGGAUCCGGCUGUCACUCUCCUUCGGCGGAAUCGGAUAUUGUAUUUAUGCGAUCAGUCUUCUCGUCUCUGUGCACAAAUAUGUUCCGGGUUUCAACAUCUUCGCUGGUGCCUUACUGGGCGCCUGUGCUGGUAUCCUUUGGUCGGCUCAGGGAGCUAUCAUGAUGUCCUACCCCCACGAGCACCAGAAAGGUCGGUAUUUCGCAUGGUUCUGGGGAAUCUUUAACAUUGGUGCCUGUAUGGGCAGCCUUAUCGCUCUCGGCACAAAUAUCAACGUCAAAGUCGCCGCCACUAUCUCCGACGGAACGUACAUCGCGUUCAUCGUUCUUAUGUUCUUUGGUGCUUGCCUAGCUCUAAUGCUGUGCGAUGCGAAGAAAGUCAUUCGCCGUGACGGGUCCCGGAUUAUUGUUAUGAGAAAUCCAACAUGGAAAACCGAGUUGUACGGGCUCUACGACACGCUCAAGCACGAACCUUUUGUCGUCCUUCUUUUCCCUAUGUUCUGGUCUUCUAACUGGUUUUACACAUACCAAGGAAACGCAAUUAACGUCGCCUACUUCAACACCCGCACGAGGGCCUUGAAUUCCUUCCUAUACUGGUUCGCUCAAAUCGUAGCUGCGAGUAUAAUCGGCCCACUCCUGGAUAUGACUUACCUGCGUCGUACAGUGCGUGCUCGCGGCGCGUGGAUCAUCCUCUUCAUCCUGACUAUGGUUAUCUGGGGUGGUGGCUGGGCCUGGCAGAAGAAUUAUACUCGCGAGUCUGUAAACCCCGAGACAACCGACUUCCAGCAUUGGGAUUGGACGCAUCCUGGAUACGUCGGCCCAAUGUUCUUAUACUUCUUCUACGGAUUCUACGACGCAGUCUGGCAGGGUGUUAUCUACUGGUACAUGGGAGCUCUUUCCAACUCGGGCCGGAAAAGCGCCAACUUCGCCGGAUUUUACAAAGGUAUACAAUCCGCCGGUGCAGCCGUGGUGUGGAGUGUAGACUUCCACAAUGCAUCUUACGCAGCCGAAUUCGCCAGCAACUGGGGCCUACUUGGAGGAUCGCUGCUCAUUGCUGCUCCGGUGAUCUUCCUACGCAUUAAAGACCAUGUGGAUAUCGCGGAUGAUCUGCAGAAUACUGACGAGACGGUCAAGGAUGUUCUUCCAGUCGGACAUCCGGAGGAGUAG